AUGAAAGCGAAAUGUAAAAAAGCUAGCCAAUUUGUCAAAUCCUUUCUAUUUACUUUUGUGUAUUCUUCUCCUUUUUCUUUUCUUAAGGUAUUGGACAUUAAUCUGCUCUCUGAUGUGCCGGAGGAUGUGUCAACUUCAGGCGGCCAUCCUGGAUCAUCUGUCCUUUCAACCUCAGGUGACGCCUUUCUUGAUGAACCAGCUGCGACCACAUGUGGCAGUAUUGCUUCUCCGCCUACUCUUGGACUUACAAGUAAAGACAAUUCUUCGGGGAUUGGAUCCGAAAAUGUUCAAUCAGCAGGCAGAAGUAGUGCCCGGCGAAUCGGUAGUAGUAGCUCAUAUCAUACAACCUCGACGUCAGAAAAGGACUUUAAGAUUUUCAUCGCAAUUCGCUCUGGUGUUCGACACUUCCCGGCUGGUUUUCAACCAGAACUUAUCUGCAGGCUAGGCGUGCCCUGUCUCAACCUUGAUAUCGGAAACAAUGGGGGCGGCCCGCUUGAUUCAAUUGCCGAUGCCUCAAUUCUUCCGCCUCCAUCGAUCUCACUGAUCACAUUCUGUUCCGGCUUCCAGAUGCGAGUUACUAACUUAGCUAUUGCUUAUAAAUCGUUUAAGCAGAUCAGUUUAGUGUCUCUUUAUCUGUUGGUUGAAAUUUUGUAA